AUGGAUGCCAACAUACAGCGGGCCCUGAAUGAUAAGCUCUACGACAAGCGCAAGAUUGGCGCCCUCGACCUUGAGCGCGUCAUCCGAGAGCUCGUCAGCGUAAAAGACUAUCAGCGCGUUCACGAUAUUCUCGAGCAGCUCUGCAAUGACUACGCCUACGCGGUACACCAGCCGCAUGCGAGGAACGGUGGUUUGAUCGGCUUGGCAGCCGCUGCCAUUGCACUAGGUCCAGAGCUUCCUCGGUAUCUGGCCAAGAUCGUCCCCCCUGUGUUAGCUUGCUUCACCGAUCAGGAUGCUAGGGUGAGGUACUAUGCCUGUGAGGCUAUGUAUAAUAUCGCCAAGGUUGCAAAGGGUGAGAUCCUGGUGUAUUUUAAUAGCAUCUUUGAUCAGCUCUGCAAGCUCGGCGCGGAUUCAGAGCUGUCUGUCAAGAAUGGUGCAGAGUUGCUGGACCGCCUCAUUAAAGACAUUGUAUCCGAGUCUGCGUCUUCCUAUGUGUCGAUUUUGGAGGCACCCCCCAGCUUUGACGGCGAUGACAAGGUGUCAUUGACCGACGACACUCACUUACCUACUGCCUUCUCCCUCACACGGUUUAUUCCCCUACUCAAAGAACGCAUUUGGGUCCUCAACCCCUUUACCCGCCAAUUCCUUGUCGGUUGGAUCACUCUCCUUGAUUCUAUCCCUGAUCUCGAGCUCGUCACAUUUUUGCCCGACUUUCUUGGAGGCCUCCUCAAGUUCUUGUCAGACCAAAACGCAGAUGUGCGGGCUGCCACACAGACUUGUCUGGAUAAGUUCCUCAAUGAGAUCAAGCGCAUCUCUCGCAUCAAGAAGGGAAUUCUGGAGAGCAAGAGGUCCAAGGAAGGUGCCAAGCGGAAAAGACAGGAUUCCUUCGACAGCGAGUCUAUAAACCCAGAGCUCGAGGAAGGGGAUGAGAUUGACUCGGAAGCUGCCAAUGAUGACGACGAAGAUAGCAGCGGGGAGGACUGGAUUCCAGGGCAAGACGUCGAGAUCAAUUACAAGGAGAUCCUAGAGAUCCUGACAGCUACACUGGAUUCCCCCUUAGAAGAGGAUUGCCUCCUAGAAUCCCUGCGAUGGGUUGUGCAGUUUCUUGACAUCUGUCCCGAGGAGGUUCUACCUUUCACUCCCAAGAUCCUUGCCCACAUGCUCCCAGCGAUGGCCAGUACCAAAGAAACAAUCCACCAAGCAGCGACAAGAGUCAACACUUGCUUGAUGGACUAUGUUGUCUCACUCUCAGACGACUCUGAGUUGAGCCGCCCGAAUCCGGUCCAUGCCCAUCACUUUUCAGCCUCAAGACUUCCUAUUCCCGGAGAGAAGGUCGAUGGAAGCAAUAGCAAUCGAGUGUCCCUGUCGAGCUCUCAAGAUCUUGACCUUCGAAGCCCAACCCCAGGCCAAGGCCGCUCAAUAUCAACUCCAGCCAACCUCAACGCGACCCAGACGCAAGCUGACCUAGAUUACGCCGCGGCCGUCAACUCACUGACCUUACUUUUCCUCAACGAUCAUGAAGCAACUCGAGUGGCUGCCCUGACAUGGCUUAUCAUGCUACACAGGAAAGCUCCCAGAAAGGUCUUGGCCUUCAACGAUGGCACGUUUCCUGCGUUGCUCAAGACACUGUCUGAUCCCUCGGAUGCGGUGGUCACCAAGGACUUGCAACUCCUGUCACAGAUCUCUCGGAACACAGAAGACGACUACUUUGCCAAUUUCAUGGUCAAUCUUCUGCAGCUCUUCUCCACGGACCGCAAGCUUCUCGAGACCAGGGGCAACCUCAUCAUUCGUCAACUAUGCUUGAGCCUGAGCCCAGAGAGGAUAUACAGGACUCUGGCAGACUGCAUUGAGAAGGAGGAAGAUGUCGAGUUUGCAAGCAUAAUGGUGCAGAACCUCAACAACAAUCUCAUCACAGCUCCUCAGUUGGCCGAUGUUCGAAAGAGACUACGGAAUUUGGAGACGAAGGACGGCCAGACACUUUUCGUGGCGUUAUUCAGAUCAUGGUGUUACAACGCUGUAGCUACCUUUUCUUUAUGCUUGCUAGCCCAGGCAUACGAACAAGCAUACAAUUUGCUACAGAUUUUUGGUGAAUUGGAUAUGACAGUCAAUAUGCUUAUUCAGGUUGACAAACUAGUCCAGUUGAUCGAGUCACCAGUCUUUACCUAUCUCCGCCUGCAGUUGUUAGAGCCAGAGAAGUAUCCGUACUUGUACAAGUGCAUGUACGGCAUCUUGAUGCUUCUUCCGCAAUCCUCGGCGUUUGCCGCUCUGAAGAACCGUCUCAACAGCGUCAGCUCUAUUGGCUAUCUACACGUGGCGCCUCGAACAUCGACAAGUUCGAGUACGUCUAAUUUCGACAGGGCGAACCGGCUCAAGAGCAGGGAAGAUGGCAACAUCCGAUGGGUUGAACUCUUGGAGAAGUUCCGUAGCGUCCAGGAACGAGCUCGGCGCGCGCAGAGGCAAAACAUGGACGGAGAAGAGAUACCAUCCAUGGGGGUGAGUGAACUUCGCAUCGGUGACGGCUCAAUGGACCCCAAAGGCAAGGAUACGCGCGCCGCGGCACCUCAGAAGGAGCCGACACCCGCUCCACCGGUGCCAGUCAAGAGGACGACGUUGGGCAGACAGUUUGGGCGACUGGGAGGCGCAGUGGCAGGGAAAGGCCGACGAAACCAAUAG